ACUGCAACAUUAGAGUGAUAUAAUUCCUGUAUACUACGCAGAAUUUACGUAUUUGGAUAAACGAAGUUUGUGCUGGACUGACUGAAUAUUUAUACGGUGUCUUUGUUGGUGAAACAAUUGCGUCAACUUACUCCGCACAAAUGUGUCAGCUAGUAUAGAAUUUGUGGGCGCUUUUCUUCUUCUCAGUUGUCAAGAGAUUUAUCGAGGCGUAUCGGAUUGGGUUCAAGGACAUCUGAAAGCCCACAUAGGCGUACGUCAACACACACACUUUCGUGAAACAUCCGAGCGUAUUCCAGUACCUGUAGUCACAGAUAACUUCCAGAAAUAGAAUGUAACUUUUUGGUUGUUUGGUCAUAGCUGGAACUAAAGCUUUCUUGGAAACUAUCUUUACCUUUGUCCGUAACCCAAGGAUAAGGAAUUCCUGUCAUCAGUUAGCAGCAUGCCGAGGGGUUCCGACAGAAAGGUGGUUGACCCAGUGUUACGACUGAUGGCCAAACAGUCGGUGGGUGUAGUGAGAAAUCUGGCUAGGAAUGAGAACAACAUCACUCACGACCUAGACGCCGAGAUCAAGAAAUCCGACACCGUCCCUGUGACGAAAUGGAACAAGUUUCGGGUGAAAGGUCAGCGCGUGCUACACGGGAAGUAUGUGUUGAUGUUGGUGGUGGCCCUCUGUGUGCUGGACUGCUGCCUUGUGAUCACAGAGCUCAUCCUGGACAUCCACGCCGUCAAAGAUGCUCUCAGCACAUUCCAGCAUGGAUCAGACUUUCAUGGAAGUGACUAUGAAAAGGCCCCAAGUAACUCAAGCUACGACAGCACAGACUCGUACCUUGCCACCGAGCGGGCCCCGGAUGUGGCUCACUCCGUCCACCGACGAGCUUCUGCCGACGGCCACCCGCUCCCUCUCACCAUGGAGAUCGCCCAUGGUUGUCAUUUUGCCAGCGUCGCCAUACUCGGCGUUCUUCUUGUCUACGUUAUUUUCAAAGUUGUCUUUUUUGGAAAAGAAAUGUUUUCAAAGAAACUGGAGAUGUUUGAUGCAUUUGUUGUCCUGGCUUCUUUUGCCCUUGACUUGGCUUUUCUCGACGGUCUAACAAACGGACCAAUAGAAAACACCGCCUUUAUUCUGAGCUUCUUCGUGCCAUGGAGAGUUCUUCGAGUUGUCAACAGUUUGGUGGUUGCCAUAUUGGACCACGAACAUUACAAAUUGGUACUCAUCUACAAGUCCAAGAAGAGGGUUGAGAUUACUCUUGACGAGGUUCGGGAAGAAUUACACGAGGCCUUGAAUCGCAUACGGAAAUUAAAAGAUUUGUCUUUGAAGAGUGGAGUGGACGAAUGGAAAGUAAACUUGUGUCUGGUGCAAGCAGCAAAGAACGACGGAAAGAAGAAUGCCUUAUCGUCUUUCGCAUCAUUCACAUUUGGAGCGAUGACUGAGAAGAAACCUGCCAGUAAGAAGCUGAGUAAUGGAAUUAGUACUCAAAACCCCAUUCGUGUCCCACAACUGCUAGAGGAGGAAAAGACGGAAAACAAAGUGACAGCCGACAAAGAGAAGCAGUCCGACGGUGAGCUAAGAAAGCGAAACAACAGUACAGUCAGCACAGAAACCGGCCAUCCGAAAUCUCUGUCUGGAGACAGUGCUCUCUCAUUAUCUCUAGAUACGGAACAGAGUGACUCCAGUCACAAGGCCAUUAAACAAACCGAAGACCCGGAUGCUGUCCAGACUUCGCCGAAUAAUGUCCACACUGCUAACCAAAGCACGGUUGUGAAUAUUCCGGAAAAGAAGCAGAACAAUGAGAACAAAUCAGAACAUACAGCCAUUGAGAUUUCACUUCCGGUAUCUGACAAAGACAAGGCGCAAUCAAAGGAUGAGGUUGACAAUGGAGGAUUAGGAAUCUCAGGACAUGUUAACCCGGCAUUUAUAUCGGAUGAUGUGUCCACUAAGUUGUGAUGAACAUUCAGGGAUAUGUCCCAAAGUAUAUAAUAUAGGUGGCGCUGCUGAUACCCAGAUCAUAGUUACCAAUGAGCUUCCGUCAUGAUGACGUCGUGGACUUGCCAAACUCCUGAGAAUCGGUCUCCUCCAACAUUCCGAGUGGUUAUAUCUGUGUCCAUAGUCACAUUGCUACCUCAGAUUAUGUACAAAAAUCUGUUACAUCAGUAGAUAAGGCAUUUCUCCAAUGCCUUAUUCCAAAUGUUUCUCAAUCCGUGUACCUACCAUGACCUGUUCACAAAUUAUUAUCGGCUUUCAUCUUCUUGGGGCCGGUUGUUGAGAAGUGCUUUAAAGAUUAAGCCAGGCUUAAAUAUCAAUAUCAGCAGUAUUGUUCUAACAGACUGACAGUAGUACAGACUAAAGUUAGUACCGAGCCUAACUGCUGAUACACUUUUUAACAAAUGGGUCAAGAUUUCAAAAGUCAAGCCUUUUGUUUUUAUACGGUGUGAUCAACAAGAUACAUUCAUUUUCUUCUAUUCUACAGUACAUGGUGACUUUGGAUUCCACUGAUCACGAGGUUUUUGUAUUACCCUACCAUUUUCUUAAAAACUAAAGUGUCUGACCAUCUAUCAGACCAAUUUUUAGUAAGUGUUAAUGUUUCAACGCUCUUCAAAAGUGUUCAAAAAUUUGAAUGUGAACACUUUGGCGAGUUUUAAAACAUUACCACUGUAUGAAAGUGCAGUCACUCCUCGUGACCUUUAUAGUGUUAAAAGUAACACUUUAAUAUUAAGAGUGCAGAUGACUAUGGAUUAAAAUGUGCAACUCUCAGUCAUGACAGCUGAACGGCGCCGGAAUAUUCACUAUGUAUUUCAACAUCGACAGAACAGUAAAUGAAUGAAAUGAGGCUGAAACCCGAACAAAGAGCUGAUGUGACGCAAUACAUUUGUGAAAAAGAAAGCGUUAGUUCGUGAAACAUCAGGGAAGUGGUAAUGCUUGUGUAUUUCAUUAUGAAAUGAACCUUGAAAUCAGACGUUUUUUUCUGGCUGAUUUAUAACCUAUUAAAACUGAAUGCCAUUAUAACAAGUGUCUGAUCAGCCUGACGUAAUUAUGUGUUCAUAUCGCCAUGUUGAAACGACAUCCGUUAAGUUACUCAGAAAUGGCUCUUACCUGAGUUCUGCUGCUCUAUCAGUCUAUCCUGUAUAGCUUCUUCAUUCACGAAUAACAAAGCGAUGUGUCAUCAGAAUUAAUUAAUAUGUCAAGAAAACCUGCUUUUUGUGCAGCUUUUCCACGCUGAGUAGAGAAUAGAUGGAAAGACGGAGUUCUAACUUAGUGAAUGGGAUAUCACACAUUUGUAUCCUUAAAAGUCUGCUGUGAACAAUGAAGUAAAUGUGAUAUCCAGCAUUCCACGUUACUAAAACCAGAAAUGGGUUUGAAAGUGACGUCAAUAUUUUCUUGACUUCUCAUAUAAACAAAGUCUAGACCGCUAAAUUCGAAGUUUUCUGAAGGGUGUCUGGGGCAAGGCAUUUGAUAAAGGUCACACUGACCCAUAUUCGUGAGCAAUACAUCUGCGAGAAAGUCGCCCAAAAUGCACGAAAGGAAACCGAUAAAAACUAUUGUCUGUAUUGUUUCGUACAUUUUUUCAAUAUGAAUGAAUACUUGAAGUGUUAAGUUUGUACCAUCUAAUGUUUUUCGUUUGACAAGUUAUGCCAACGUUCUUGUGUGGGGGUGGGGGGUAUUUGCUGGAGGUGUAGAUUAAAUUUGAUUGAACAAGUUUAACUGGUUUACAAAAUUAAGGAAUUUUUACAUAUAUAACACAGUUAAUACCUACAUGUUAGUGGUUUGCUUAAUGUCAGUAAUAAACGGAUAUUAUAAAAACAAUAUGAGUUAUGUAGCAUAAAUCACUUCGUAAGUGAUUAAGAGUGAUUGUGUGUUCUCAGUAUAAUUAAGCUAAAUAUUUCAUCUUUAUAUCGUAGUCAAGACCGACUUUUCAUUCCAUCAACCUACCACGAGCUUUCAUACCAGAAAUAGAAAAUGUGACGCAGAUGUAUUAUUAUAGCAUCUUACAUGGUUUAUUAUCCACGAAAAGCUGCUUUUGUAAAUGUGUCAUUAAUGAAGUCCCGUAUUGUUGACUUCACAGUCCCGUAUUGUUGACAUCACGCAGUCCUGUACUGUUGACGUCACGCAGCGCCGUACUGCUUACGUCACACUUCAACUUGCAGUUUGUGGCUUCAACGUUCUUGAAUUCAAUAGUUUUUAAACCUAUCAAGGAUUCCACGAGUGUAUAAAGAAACACCUGAUCAUUGAGCGUGUUCUUUACGUGGAAAUAAAAAAAUAAGCUACAGUGGUAACGGCAGCAACGUUUGGUUCAAAUUUGAUGAAACAUCAUUAGGCAUACAAAAACUUCACGGAGUUUCCCGAUCCUAGCAAUCGUUCGUUUCAGGUGUUUUUUUUAUGUUUGCUGUAUACAGUGUUUAUUCAGAUAAUUUGAAGCAUACUUUUAUGUUGUCAAACUUGACUGUACAUAACAUAUGGACAUCCCUAGUACAAGUGUUAAGAAUAUGUUUUAUGCCAUUGGUAAAAUGCAUAGGUUAUUUGUAUAUAUCGUGUGGAAUAAACGUUUGAUGUAAAAUAACAUGUGAAAGUCGUUGUAUUCCUUUUUUACCUUUGAUCGAUACGAUAUUGUUGAAAUACUGCCACAAACGUUUAAUGAUAAGACUGAGGGAUUUCCUCAGGCAGACAAUAUGUUCAAGAUUUCCGAAUCAGGUCUGUGUGUUUUCAAAGAAGCAAAAAUAACCGACUUGAAAAAAAGUAUAAGCAUUCAUAAAAUAAAAUACGACCAGUCUGUUUUUGUUUUGUUUUUUUUUUCGACACAAGGUAUUUCAAUAAUUUUCGACGCGAAAUUCGCUUUUUGACGACAGGGAGUGAUGGCUGCCGUUUUGGUGUAAAUGUAUCUGUAAACAUUUCACACAU